AUGGAAAACACAAAGGAAGGAAGAGUACUUCCUGCUGAAAGAAAUCCUCUUUAUGACGACGAUACAGUCGAUUAUUCCUCUUUAAUCAGCAAAUGUCGCUCUCAAGUGAUCGAAUUCCCGGACGGACCGGCUACCUUUGUUCGUCUCAAGUGCAACAAUCCUGAUUCCAAACAACCACAUUUUUUAAUGCGCAUGGCCAAAAACUCCAAUAUUAGUGCAACCUCUAUGUUUCGUUCGGCUUUCCCAAAAGCUAAACAAGAGGAAGAAGAUUUUGAAAUGGAGUGGAUCCGUGCAAACUUGAAUCCUGUCGAGGAAAAGCAGGUUUCUGGUUUGUGGAUUUCCCCAAAGGACUCAUUAAUUUUAGCCAAGGACUACGGUAUGACUCCAUUUAUCAAGGCAUUAUUAGAGGCUUCCACAACCCCUUCGACUUAUGCAACUCCCGCUCGCUCUCAUCCAACUGAACUUCAUCAGCCAGCAGGUGCUAGUCCUUCAACUUUAGACAAGUCCUUCAAGACAAAAUACUCGCAAACUUCAUCUAAGUCUUCCGAAUCUCCCACAAAAUCUCUCUUUUCUGGCAGUGGAAAGUCUGAAAAAGAUAGUAAGGAGAUUCAGACUAAAGGAGACGAUACCAAGAAACCCACUCCUCCUACAGCUAGCUCUCCAGCUUCUUCUUCUUCUUUAGCUGCUCCUGCUCCUAAUGAAGAAGAACAAAAGAAAGAAGUGAAAGAACAAGAAAAGAAUGCUGGGAAGCAAGACGAAACGAACAUUUCAGAGAAGCCCUUGGAUGAAGAGCCGAAGAUGAAAAGAAAAUCAAAGGAUGAGCAGCUAGACGCAAAGGUAGAAGAAGACGACGAAGAAAAGAAGUCCUUUUCCGACAUUUCGAGGAAAGUUCGGACUCCGGUGAGACCUUCUGAACUUUUAGGCAAAUUUCGGUCAAACGUGAACCGUCGCGUUUCAGAUGUAACACAACAGGUGAAAAAACCUUUAGAAGCUUUCGAAAAGAAAGCUAUGACUUCUAUCCAUCUUCCUCAUCCUUCUUUUCCUGGCUCAAAAAAGAGAAGUCGCGAUGAAUAUGAAGAAACCCAACCACAAGAGAGCAAUGAAGCUGCUAUGGUACCUGUUAAGAAAUCCAGAAUCUCCAAGUUGGAAACAGAGAUUCAUUACGAAAAGAGAAAAGUUCGUGCUCUGACGGGUAUUGUUGUUGGUUUGGGUGCUGGGGCUAUUUUGCCAUUUCUUUUCUAA